CAUCCACAUAUAGAGGAGCCCUGCAUCUGAGAGCCAGCGCUGCUGUGAGAUGCCCAGCCUUGCCCACACUCACACGCAUGGGGAUUUUGUUUGGAGGAGCUCCAUGUAAGUCUGUGUGGACUCUCUCUGAAGGGUCUAGGAGCUUUUUUUUCCUUGCAUUUUGAUCUUCGUCAAGACUUGGGUGAGUGAGUGUGAGAGUCUGAGUGCGGGGGGUGGACACUGGGUUGGAAGAUGCUCUCAGGCUCUGCCUGUGGUGCUCCAGUGCCCAGCCUGGUGUAGUCCAUUCAGAUGAGGAAGGCAACUUCUCAUGAACUGGAAUUAAGUUUUGCACAGACCCAGGGAACUCUGGGGUCUCUGGCUGCCCGGGUGAAGGGUCUGAAGGCUGGGUACCCUCAGCCACAGCUGCACUCUCACUGGCCCCUAGAGCCCCAGGAAUCAGAAGUUCUGCAAUCAGCUUGAUGACUCUACCAUGGCCAGCAUUUCUCAUCUGGGAGUAGAGUCGGAUCCUCAGGAUUUUAGCCAGGCUUCGUCCAAGCUCACACGGUUGCACUGGAUUCACCCAAACAGGUGUACAACACAAUCAGCAGGAACACAGUUCCUCUGAGUGUCCUGUUGGUAUGAUCCAUGAUGAGCUCCAACGAGGAAGAAACGUUGCGGUUUUUCCAGUUUGUUGAGGACAGUAGUCUGAGGGCAUACAACAGCCUGGUAACCCAGAACCUCGACCACGUGUGGAAUGAGAAAAGCCGGACCAGUGUUCAGGAGAAGAACGAAAAGAAGAGAAAGCAGGAGGAAGCCAUUAAAAGGACAAGUGAGGAGGUAUCAGCAGAGGGCAAGCACCUGCGCAUGGGCUCCGUGAGCAUGCUGGCCCUGCCUGAGCGCAUCCCAUCCCAGCAGGCCCAGUUGUCAUGCGGCUGCCCCCGUGCUGUGCGCUCCCAGUCCCUGCACUCCAUGGGGGGAGGGGAGGAUGAAGGCAGUCCGACCUUCCGCAAGCAACCUCCACCAAAGCCCCGCCGUGACCCCAACACCAAGCUGAGCAUCUCCUCCGAGGCUGUGGACUUCAGCACCACCUCCUGCAAAGGCGGAGACUCUGACCGGUGCGAUGCAAUGCUAGGCUGCAGUGAAGACUGCAAGAGGGUCCCGCCCCCAAAGCCCAAGAGGAAUCCCAGUACACAGCUGAGUACGUCAUUUGAUGAGACCUAUGUCCAUAACUCCACUUCGAAAGGCUCGCCCACUACAGUCCACUCUAGAGAAGCCAAGGCCCCUUCUCCUUCUUCCCCCACCCAGCUCCAGAGCCUGCAGCAGGUGUCAGAUGUGGAGGAGCCUGUCUAUAUUGAGAUGUCGGGUAGUGGACGGCGGGAGCCACCCCCUCUCAUAGAGGAUGAGGAGCCUGGAGAGGCAGUCUAUGAGGAGAUGAAAUACCCCAUCUUGGAUGACUUUGAUUCACGUUGGGAUCUUUCAAGUUGCCGUUCACAGACUGCAACACCCUGUCUGUCUGACACGGACAUCCACAGCUCCCUGAGUCACUGCUCCACCCCUCGUUGCAUGCCCAUGUGUGACAUCCCUGCCCCUUUCCCCAACCUUCUAACCCACCGGCCACCUUUACUGAUCUUUCCGCCUGCCCCUGCACAGUGCUCACCUAACUCGGAUGAAUCCCCGCUCACCCCUCUGGAUGUGGCCAAGCUGCCCAUGUUGGAGAAUGCCCCCUAUGGCAAGUCACCCACCUCCUCCUCCCAGGAGCCCCUUAGCUCUGCCUCAACCUCCCACCUAAGGCGGGCUGAAAGAGAGCUGACAUCCACACCUACCAUCACAGCGUCAGGCCGCUCCUCAGCGCCACCACUGCCCUGUGCGCUCUACAGGAGCUCGGGCUCGUCACAUGGCUACCAGCGGAGCCAUUCAGCGUGCCCCUCCCCCGUCAGCAUGGGCCGCUGCCUCACGCCACUCAGCCUAAUGCGUGCCCCACCCUUUGAUGGGCCAUUCCCAGGAGCCAGCCUGCCACGCAGCGCCUCCGCUACGUCUCAUGCCAAGGGCUCUCCACCCCAAGAGGGUGGCCCAUCCGGGCGCCUUUAUGGCUCGGCACAGAACGCGCCAGCGGGCCGCUCCCGCACGCCCACCAGCCCCCUGGACGAACUCACCAACCUGUUCACCACUGGCAGGAACAUGCUGAAGAAGAACUCCAGCAGUAGGAAGAGCAAGGAUGCAGGGGAAAGUGAGUCCAAGGGGAGGGGCCACAGCUCGGAGUCCAAGCGAGAGCACAAGGAGAGAAGUCAUCAUGGCAAGGAGUCCAAGAGAGACAAGGAGCGCAGCAGCAAUGGGAAAUCGUUGCAUCGGCGUGAGAGCAAAGACCGAGAGAUCAAUGGCACCGAGGCAUUACUGAGACGCGAUAGCAAAGAAAGAGGCUGUGGCAGCACAGAGCCAUUGUCUAGGCGCGACAGCUACGGAGCACCAGAACUACUCUCCAAGCAGAACGGCAAGGACCGGGGCUCUAGCACUACCGGGCCUGCAUCACGACAUGACAGCAAGGAUAGGGUCUGCAAUGGUGUGGAACCUUUGUCCAGGCGCAACAGUAGGGACAGAAGCUGUAACGGCUCUGACCUCCUGCCCAGACAAGAUGGAAAAGACCCUUCCAGGAAUGGACUGGAACGGCACGACAGCAGAGAUCGAAGCAGUCAUGCUCCAGAACCAUUAACCAGGCAUGAUAGUACCAAAGACCCAGGCAAGACUGGCUUGGAGUGCCGACACAACAGUAAGGAAGGUGGAAGGAAUGGUUUGGACUCUCGUCAGGCUGGCAACUAUGACACAGCAGACUGCGGUAGGGACUGCAAGGAACGCAGCAGUAAUGGGGCGGAUGUGGUGAACCGAAGAGACUGCAAGGACAAGGGGGCAUAUAUGACAGAAGCUUUGACCUGGCACGAAAGCAAAGACAAAAACACCUACAGCUCAGAGUCACCCAUAGCACAUGAACGAGAGACAAGGCCUGGACUGCUUCCUAGCAUAUCCAACUGGUCCGGACGAUCCCCUGUCAGUCCAACUCUGACAACGGGGAACCAUGAACUGAAGACAGUUACAAAAGUGGGCCGGUCCCCAUCCACACCAAUCGAACCAUCUCCAUUAGGGACACCUCAAAGGCAACACCAAGAGGCACAAGAGAUGCCACUCAUGCCAUGGGUAUGCGGUGACAGCACCAUGCUAGAGAUGAUUGAAAGAAAACAGCGCCUCUGUCGCGAGAUCAGGUCCCGUCAGCGGCUGCUUGAACGGAGCCCCUGCAAGACUGACACCCUGCUGGUCUUGCCUGGCUGGAAGAAGGCCAACGGGGCAAAGAAGAAUGGGCCACCCCCGUACCCCACACAGGCCACUAUCUUCUGGGACACAGCAAUCUGAUUGGUCACUGAGCACUUCAAGACUUAGCCUUGCUCCAUCCAUUAUCACUGAGAUGGGUGGAGUAGACAAUUAUAGAGCUCUGAAAGAGCAAGCAAGGGGAUUAUCAUAGCAAUAUUUCUGAGGGUGCCGAUUGUCAGGUUUUCGUAUCAAUGUUUAUAUCUAAUAUUUUUGUAUUGUGAUUCCUUGAAAAUGACCUAGCAUUAACAGAUAUUUUCUAAACAAAGUGGAAUAUCUUUGCAAAGAAUAUGUAGUUAGCACAGUACAAAAUUUGUUCUUUUCUACUUUUCUUUUUUUACAUCGCAAUACAAAAUGGAAUCCUGUUGGAUCAUUAACUUUCACAUGCCUUUAUCUUUCAGACCUCACAAAAUUAUGUUUCCAUGGUACUCUGCCAUACUGAAUGAAGUGUAUUUUCACAUGGGAUGUGAAACUGGAUUAGGGCUAGCUUUCUUCUCGCGGCUUUGCCACACCUUUGAUUUACUGGAAUGUGCAAUUUAUGUGUUCUCAAAUAGAUCAGUUAUUCUCAGCAGUCAAUCAGAAAAUAUUCAGUUUUUUUAUUGUUUGAGCUCUUUGAUUAUUUAAAGAUGCAAUCACCACACAAGGAGAGGGUGCCCAAGAGAGUUGAUGUAAGCAUAAUGGAGGAUGAACAAGAGUGAUAAAGAUGGGGCCCCCGUGGUAGGUGGUGCUAUAAUCUCAAGGGCCUCCUCCUCCAUCAUGGGUCUGUGGCAAUAGCAGGUAGCUGGCAGUGGGAAUCCUCCAACAUGCACAGAGGUUGCCCAGAGAUUAAAGACAAUCUGGUAUGUUAAAGCAUUUUUUGCAUCUAAACAUUAUUAAAACUUGUGUACAUGCUUGUUAAAUGAAAAGGUUUCUGAAGUACUUUUUUUUUUGCCACAUUUGGAUAACUUUGUUAUUAUUUGUGAGUAUGUUGCUAAAUGUGUCAUUUGAUUUGUGAUGGACACAAUCAACCCUGUUUGGGUGUUUAAAACCAAUGACCAAU